AUGCAGCUGCAGGUAGAUGUGACCAUUAUUGGUGCUGGUCCUGCUGGAACACUGCUUGCCUACCUGCUGGCAGAGCAGUAUGACAAGAAGGUCUUCCUGGUGGACCCUCUUGCCAGCAAGAAGUGGCCGAACAACUAUGGAGUCUGGCAGGCGGAGUGGGACGCCCUGGCCCAAAAGUUGGGCCUUGAUUUGCAGGCUUGCUUGGCCAACAAGUGGGAGGUGACCGACUGCUACUUUGGUGGUAGCUGGGAGUUGCCGGUCGACAACCGUCUUCGCCUUGACCGACCCUACGGCCGGGUCGACAGGGACAAGCUGAAGAAGUUACUGCGAAGUAGCUCGAAGGUGCGGGUGCUCGAGGAAGAGGUGGAGUGUCAGGUCGUGGCCAACAACAUCUACGAUAGUCCUGCCAUUCGCCACAGUGCAGCUGGCUCUGUUGUCCUCCUGUCGAACGGUGAUGCCGUACGAACAAAGUUGAUUGUGGACACCACGGGCUUCGAGUCUCGCCUCACUCGGCGGCUUUCGCCCCCUGGAGAGCCGCCGGCACCCGCCCCGGGCUUCCAGAUCGCGUACGGCUGCGAAGUUGUUGUGGAAGGGGCUUUCCACUACGCGCCUGAAGCAAUGACCUUGUUUGAUUACCGCCAGGGGCUCAGGUAG